AUGAAAAAUUCAUUUGAGGAUUGUAUCAGUUUAGAGAAUGUGAGUAAUAUUAAUAACAUACUUGAAAGUUGUUUUCGUGGAUGUGUGAAAUUAUCUCGCGUGGAAAUUGCAGAUGAUGCAGCUAAAAUUGGAAUUAAAUCAUUCGAGAAUUGUAAUUCAUUAGAGAGUAUAAAAAUUCCUUCGUCUAUUAAAACUAUAUCAGAAUAUGCCUUUAUCAAUUGCAGAAACCUUAAAAUAAUCGAAUUCCAACAAAGAAACUCAUUAACAAAAAUAUCAAUCAACUCAUUUUUGGAGUGCAAUUCACUUCAAAGUAUAAAUAAUUUCGAAUCGGAUAACUAUAAAUGUAUUGAUAAUACUCUUUAUCUCAAAAAUGAAACUGGAGAAUAUCUAAUCUUUCAUGCAUUUAAGUCAUCUGAUAAGAUCCUAAGGAUUAAUUGCAGUGUUAUUUGUAGUUAUUCGUUCAAUGAGUGUAUAGCUAUCGAAAAAAUCAAUAUUCUUCCAAAUAGUGUUUCAUUGAUUGAAAAGUAUUCAUUCAAUAAAUGUUUUAAUCUUCAGCACAUCAACUUCCCUCUCUCAGUCCACAGUGUUGAGUCUCAUUCCUUCGUUGAAUGCCAUUCUAUUCGAUAUCCCCUUAUUAUAGAGAACACAUCUAAUGAUUACAUCAAAAUGAUCAUUGAAUCAGGAAUCUCUCCCCAUAUUAUUAUUUCUUGCCAGCCAACUGCCAAUCUUCAAGCGAUUAAACAACUAUUUAAUAAUUCUCCAAAUCUAUAUUGGAGAUAUCUUUCCAAAUAA